CACACACACCACCUCAUUAUAUCUCUCUUUCCUUCUAGCGUACCCAUUUGAAUGCCUUCUCUCUCUCUUCUCUUUGGGUCCCCGCUCAAUCUAGAACCACUCUCUACCUAGUUACUUUCUCUUCUUCUUCUUCCUAUCAUAGCUACCUAGCUACCAACGAUCACUCUCUUGGUUACCCACCUGAAUGCCGGAAAACAUGAGCAUAUCUGUCAAUGGACAAUCUCAAGUCCCACCUGGCUUCAGGUUCCACCCCACCGAGGAGGAGCUUCUUCAGUACUACCUCAGGAAGAAGGUCUCUUACGAGAAGAUUGACCUCGAUGUUAUUCGUGAUGUUGAUCUCAACAAGCUCGAGCCAUGGGAUAUUCAAGAGAAAUGCAAAAUAGGAACCACUCCGCAGAAUGAUUGGUACUUCUUCAGCCACAAAGACAAGAAGUACCCCACAGGAACCCGCACCAACCGCGCCACCGCUGCCGGAUUCUGGAAGGCCACCGGCCGCGACAAAGUCAUUUACAGCAACGGAAAGAGGAUUGGAAUGAGAAAGACUCUGGUUUUCUACAAAGGAAGAGCCCCACAUGGCCAGAAAUCUGACUGGAUCAUGCACGAAUACAGACUCGACGACAACACCACCAGCGACACCAAUAUCGUGUCGAAUGUGAUGGGGGACGGUGGUCAGGAGGAAGGGUGGGUGGUGUGUAGGAUAUUCAAGAAGAAGAACAACCUGAAAACCCUAGACAGCCCCUUAGGUUCGGGAGAAGGUAGAAGGAGCCAGUUGUUCGAGUCGUGCGACGAGGGGGCUUUGGAGCAAAUACUUCAGCAAAUGGGGAGGGGUUGCAAGGAAGAGAGCAGCUACGAGGGGAGCUACAGCUAUGGAAGGUUGGGGAGGGGUUACGAGACAGGUGUGAACAACGACAGGUUCAUGAAGCUGCCGAGCCUAGAGAGCCCAAAAUCCACAAGCAUGGAGAGUCAGCAGAACAACCUCAACAGCAGCAGCAACUGUAAUAAUGGUGAUAAUAACAACGAGCAGAACAAUAAUGGGUACCAUCCCAUUAUUCCAGCAGACAUGGGGACGGACAAUGAAGGGUCAUUCGCAACCCACCAGGUGAGUGGUGGUGACCCCAACAUGGUUCACCCAAUGGAGCCAUCUUCAGGUGGAGGAGGCCUCACCAACUGGGCUGCGCUGGACCGUUUGGUUGCCUCUCAGCUCAACGGCCAAACCGAAGCCUCUAGGCACUUCGCAUGCUUCAACGACCCCACCCUCGCCUACUGCACCCCCCACCAUGAUCUCCCAUUGCCCACCCUCCGAUCAUCAUCAAAUCCCUCAUCAACCCCCACCCUCACCAGACCCUCCCCUACACCCGCAUACAUCAACCCCGCACACGACUUCGCCAGCGAGAUUGACCUCUGGAACUUCACCCGCUCCACCUCCGAACCUCUCUGCCACGUCUCCAACACCUCACUCUAGUCCAUUAAUCCAAAAACCAAAUUAAAUCACAAUAAUAAUAAUAAAUAAUAUAAAUAAUAUAUAUCUAUAUAUAUAUCCCCCAACCCCACCUCCUUCACCUUUUCCCUCGCCCCAUGUUCCAUUGUUAAAUAUACAAAUAAUUAGUCCUUCGUCAUAUUUCAUGUUUAAUUAGUUCUUCUCUUCCGGUCAGAGGAUUAUUAUUACAGACUCUUAAACGUGAUAA